AUCUACAAUAAAUUUUAGGUCUGUAGACUGUAAGAUUAUUUAGUUGAUUAUUGUAAACAAAAAUAUUAAUAAACUCUUUGUUAGAAUAAAAUAUUAAAACUAUUUUAUUAAUGAUGAGAAGUUAUACAACCUUACAAUAUUUUUUGACGGUGUUAAUAUUAUGUCUUAUGAAUUUGGGAUACAAUGCACAAAUAUUGGAAUUAUAUGAAGGAGAUAUUUGCCGCAAAGGCGAUGGAAAAUCUUCCAACUCCAUUUGUCGGAACAUUGAAAACUGUCCGGUAGCAAAGGAAGGACUUAAGAAAAAUAUUAUACCACAAUUAUGCUCAUUCAGUGGAUCAGUUCCAAUAGUGUGUUGUCCGCCAGAAAAUAAAACCGUUACCGUUAAUCCAUCUACAUCUACUUCUACAACCAAAAAACCAAGUGUGAUGCAAGCAUACUCAGCCACUGAAAAGUGUACUGAGUAUUCAGAAUUAAUUUAUUAUAAGAUUAAAGACCCAAUAUUAAUAUCAAAUCAGAAUAAUUACCUCAAAGUUAAAGAUUGCUAUGAUGCCAUUACUUUAAUUACCAACGGCACAGAAGCUAAACCAAAAGAAUUUCCUCACAUGGCUUUGUUGGGUUAUAGUGAAAAACCAGACAUCUAUUCGUGGUUAUGUGGAGGAACGUUGAUAAGUAAGAAUUUUGUACUAACAGCAGCCCACUGUGAAAAAUUUGGCAGUAAACUUACACAGACAUACGCACAAUGGGUCCGCUUAGGUGAUUUAGAUUAUAACUCGGAAACUGACGAGGCUAGACCUAAAGACUAUAAAAUAGUAGAACGCAUAGUACAUCCAAAUUACAAACCACCAUCUUUGUACAAUGAUAUAGCAUUAUUUCGACUAGAAAGAGAUGUAGAAUUCUCGCCAUUUGUACGACCUAUUUGUCUCAAUACAGAUCAUUCUUUAAGACCCCCAUCAAUAAUAGCUACAGGAUGGGGAAGAACUGAAGUAGCUUCACUUCCUAGCUCACAGUUAUUAAAAGUACGUAUAGACACUAUUCCGGCUAAAGAGUGCGAUAAAAGUUUCUUAUACCUGACAAAUAGAAAUAAAAAAUUAUCACAAGGAAUAGUUGAUGACCUUAUGGUAUGUGCUGGCAAUGCAGAAGGUGGAAAUGAUACUUGUACAGGCGAUUCAGGUGGUCCGAUUCAAAUAAAACACAAUACAUACAUGUGUAUGUAUUCACAAAUAGGAAUAACAUCAUUUGCGGGAGCAUCUUGUGGAGAAAAAGAUUCGCCUGCUGUUUAUACUCGGGUAUCGAAAUACAUAUCAUGGAUUGAACAAAUCGUUUGGCCAAAAAUUAAAUAACUAUACCUAAUGACUAUUAAAAUAAUAAAACACAUAUUUGAAUUAAAUGAUAUUUAUCUCCAUUCAAAACCAUAUAAUUAUGUUCAAUUUCUUUUUUUUAUUGUUGAUAGUAGUUGUGAAUGAUGUUAAUACUUUUUAGGUCUAUACUGACUAUAUCUCAAUAUCGUCUGUAUCAAUAGCAUAAUAGAUGUAGAAUGAAGAACUCAAAUAUAUGUAGGUAUUUUAUUUAA